GUUUACCGUCUCAGUCUAAACGCUCCACGGUAAUCGACAUCAACACGCGUUUGUUUUUGUUUUCCUUUGCUGGUUUUCGGCUGUGUACUGGGCUCAUUUUGUAGUAUCUCGACAAUAUAAAUGCCUGUAGUGAUUCCACCGUAAAAGAUAAAACGCCGGUUCAAGCGGCAGGAGCAGAGAUUAUCACUCGAACACUGAGCAGGCACAGUGUGUCCGAAAAAGGCGGCUGGGGGGGAGGACAUGGGGCUGCCCGAGACCCCCUGGCCCCCCAUUGUUGACGGAGAAGAUGAAGACCAGGGGGUUCCAUCUCCAGAGCCGCCUACUGUGCUGCCUGCACUGUGUCCUCCGGAGGAUGUGCUCUCGGCCAUCUACAGAGGCACGGACGUGGUCCAAGAGACAUUGGCCGCGGGCGUGUGCGGCCUGCGGAACCUCGGCAACACGUGUUUCAUGAACGCCGGCCUCCAGUGCCUUCUGAGCAACGCGCACCUUCUGGGAUUCCUGCUGUCGUUCCCCGAAGACUGGCCCUCGGACGUGACGAGGUCCCCCAUUUUCCUUACGGGGGCGUCCCAGUCCCACGAGUCCCUCCUGGUCUGGCACCUGGCCCAGUUGGCGCAGCAAGUUUGGAGCGGACGCUUUGCCGCGCUGAGGCCGGUGUCGUUCAAGGACGCCCUGGCGAACGCUUGUCCACAGUUCAGCGACUAUAGACAGCACGACUGCCAAGAGUUCCUGACCCUGCUCCUGGACACGUUGCAUGAACAAACAAACGCUGUGAACUUUAGCAAUGGCACUGUGCUGCCCUUCACCCAGAAGUGCUCUCUGCAGAACUGGGACAUGCGGUUACCGUCCAGGUCUUUCGUGAGCAAGUACUCAGAAGCCCGUGAAAGCAUGGUGUCUGGCGAAGAGGCGCCUGAUGUGCUUCCGCAUCCGUCGUGCAAGACGGCAAUUUUAGAAGGAACCUUUCUCGUGAGCAAUGGCCAGCUGGAGCCCGACAUCGAAGAGAACGUGGGUCCGGCUCCGAAACGGUUCAAAUCUGACAACGACACCGCUGACGGGGUGUCCGCGGAAGAGGCGUGGGAAAAGUACAAGGCAGCGAACCGUUCUGUGGUUGUGGACACUUUUCAGGGACAGUUACAGAGCAAGGUGGUGUGUUCAGAGUGUGGUCACGUUUCCUUGACGUAUGAGCCGUUCAUGUACCUUCCUGUGCCGCUUCCACAUGCUAUGGAGAUGCACAUCAGUGUGACAUACGUACCGCUGACGGGCCCUCGACUACGGUGCCUGGUGCAGGUGGGGCGUGUUGGUCGAGUGGGGCAACUCUGUGGCUCCCUGGAGGCGUUACUAGAUCCCAAAGAUAAACCUCCGCACGGCAUUGCACUUGCGCAUGUCUCUCCCGAGGAUAGUGUCAUCGAACGGUUUCUGGAGGACCACCUUCCCGUACGCUAUCUGGAAGACGGCGGCCGUCUUGUGUACGCCUUUGCGCUGGGACCAGCACCUGAGGAGUCUUCACCACCACCCACGUUUGUGUCUUAUCCGAGGCAUAGGUCUUGGCAGACGUGCGCAAUCUGUUUGGAAGAAAAGGCAGACAACGAAUUGCGCACCCACCUGCCCUGCGGAGGACUUCUCUGCUAUGCGUGUGUUCAGGUUGCUUGUGAACACUACGGCAACAGUGCACUAGUGUGCCCGGUGUGUAACGCGUCCCUGUUGGGCGAGCAAGAGUUUGUGUCCCUGAGCAAUGACGACCCUGCUACCAAAGACAGGCCUGUAAUGGUGUCGGUGCUUCUGUGUGGAAGUGACUCCAACCCCCCAACCCCUGAAUGGCGUGUUCCUGCACUCGUACGUGUUCCCAGGUGCGCGAGUCAUGCCGCGCUGCAGGCGGCAGCGGCAACACUCGUUCCCGAGGGGACCCCCGUCACGUUGUGCCUGCUGGACGCCCGAGGGCGCCGUUGCAAGCAAUGCCACACGUCCAAAGACUGCAAGGGCUGCCCUCUGGAAGCCGGACUGCACACUCUCCUGCCCUCGGACUGCCUCGCGGUGCGGUGUCAAGGGGAAGCCCCGCCCGUGCAACUCCAUUCUUCCGUUGAAGGAGGAGAGAUUCCGCGGACACUCUCGCUCAACGACUGCGUUAAGGCAUUUUGUGAAAGUGAAACACUAGAUGAAGACAACCACUGGCUGUGUCCCAUUUGUUGCCGCCAUCGGCGAGCACGGAAGACACUUUCUCUAUGGAGGCUGCCAAAAACGCUCAUGGUUUACCUCAAGAGGUUUGUGUUCCAAGAAUCUUACGGAAGCAAGUUGGAGGCUCCCGUAGAAUUUCCCCUCGCAGGAUUAGAUCUUUGUCCCUUCUUGCGAGGUCCCUUUGGGUCACAGGAAGGUGGCUGUCUCUACGACUUGCAUGCCUUUGUUUGCCAUUUUGGAGAUGUGAACUGUGGCCACUACACGGCGUAUGCCAGGCAUAGCAUUCUCGGCCGAUGGUUCCACUAUGACGACGAGAUGACGGGACCACGGACGCCAACUGCGGGCGACUGUCAACACGCUUACGUAUUGUUUUACCAGCAGAAGGGAUCCACAAAUGAUGUCGGAAAAGGCUUCGCCGCAAUGAGCCCGGCGGAAAACGUCAACGAAUCCCUGGAUUCCACCCCCGGCUCGGCCGCGCUCGGCCUGCACUCGGACACCUUUCAGAACAUCCUCCGCCACCUGGAGGACUGUCCUCCACCGCCGUCCUCUUCUCUCUGACGGUUUCUCGAGCUUAGGACUUUUCUAAUGGCCCAGCUGGUACAAUCUCUGUCUGUGAUGGACUUACACCUAGGAUGAGUGAGAUUUUUGCAUCACGCCGCUUUUAUUAUUGUUUACGUUUUCUUGUUUUUUUUUGUUUGUUUUUUCUACCUUCGAUUUCUUUUUUUGCGUGGGGGGGGCCGUGGGGGUAAGUUUACAAUGCGCAAAUAAACUGAAAUAUUUGCAAACUAUGCCCGGUUUGCACAUUGUAUAUGCUACGCGUGUGUGUAAAGCCCCUAGCUUUCCGCGGUGGAAAAUUUGCUCCUCCGCGGGAUUGUGCGGGAAACAGGAAACGAGCAAGCAAAAAAAGAAAUGUGCACCAUUCUCCCAAGUUUGCACACUGACUCAACUUCGUCGAUCUGACUGCAGCCGUUGCUGUCUGUACGUUUCCUUUCGGCGCGGCACAUUCAGCCGUGACCUCCGGCACCGUGAUCACGGAUGUUGACUGAUCGUGUUUAACCUGUGAAAAUGUUGCGGACCGAUUGCAGUCCUUACUUAAUUCCGCAAGAUAUUGAAUAUACUCCGCGAAAAACUGACGAUUCUGAGAGAAACAGCAGGUUCCACGAGACGUGGCCAGCUGCACGAAAUUUUGCGGAAUCGCAGAAGGCUACGGGCUCCAUGCAUAUAUAUUACAACUUUUGUAAUAUAAUAUACCUAUUAUGUAAUAUAUGUAAUAACUACGUA